CACACUCCUCCGUUGCGCUCCUCGCCGCCAUUCUGAUAUCACGUGCUAAUCAUUACUCACUUUUGGAGAAUUAUGUGCGUUUAUGUAGGCAUCCGUGUUGAAUAAGCUGCAUUAUUUCCGUAUAACGAUGCAAGAACUAAGAUGCACAUGAAAGUUGACAAUUUGCUGAAGCGCUUUGCUAACCUCAGUUCAUCUCUGACGUCACACAUCAAUGACGUCAUCAUUAGUGAACAGUGUAUAUCGACAACGUUUCCCAAUCUCACCCAAUCUCCACGAAGCAGUGACUAAUCACGAAUCGUGAACCCAAUUCAAAAUGACUGUGUUCCCGAGAAUCGAAGAGGAAUGAUUACGAGAAAUUAAGACAAAUACAUUAAAGAGGGAAGUGAAAAUAGAGGAAAGACGUAAAAAUGAGACCAGGUUUUUUUCCCCGAGGCAUGUCCAGGCUGCCCCGGAAACUGAUCAUAACAAUCGUCUAUAUGUAUUGUCUUCUGCUCGUAUAUCGCCUGCAAGACGCCCACCAGAGUGCGAGCGAAGAGCGGGCGCGGAUUGAGGGCGAGUGGGCCGCCCGCGCCCGCAGUGUGCGCGAGGAGUGCGCCGCCGCCCGCGACUCACUCCCGCUGACAAGACUGCAGAAGAACGCCCUCGCCGCCGCCAGCGUCGAUGCCAAGUUGGCCGCCCACUACGAGCGCCUUCACCUCAAGGGCCUCCUCGGCGCCCUGGUCUACCUGCCCAAGCGGAACUUCACCUGGUGCAUCAUGCCCAAGGUUGCCUCGACGUCCUGGGCGCUGGCUCUUCUGCAACUCGAGGGUUACGGCGAGGAGGACCUGCAUGAGGCCGGCGAACCACCACAGGUCGCCCUUCGGAGUCUGCUCAGGCCCGUCCAUCCCGACCAAGUGAACACGACCGUGCAGCCGUCUCUCAAGUUCCUCUUCGUCCGGCAUCCGCUCGAGCGCGUCGUCUCCGCCUACAGGAACAAGCUCGAGGACUCUUACGCAUCCCACGACGGAGAGUACUUCUACAGAACCUACAGCAGGAGCAUCGUACAGAGGUUCCGACAGAGGAAGAAGUUCAAAGACCUUGCUCACGCGGACACCGACGGCAGCCCUGGUGACGGCGAGGACGACCGGAGGGAGCCGACGUUCGAGGAGUUCGUGGACUACCUCAUCAGCACGGAGGUGGUGGACUACGACGAGCACUGGAAGCCCAUGUGGCUGCAGUGCCACGUGUGCGACCUCGAGUACGACUACAUCAUCAAAUACGAAGCCUUCCAGGAGGAGAGCGAGUACUUCAUGCGCCUCCUGAAGGAGAGGAAACACCUGCCCGAAAGCUUUGCCAUCCGCUGGGAGAACAAGGGCGGCACCGACAGGGACGCGACGCUCGAGUACCUGAGCAGGAUUAGCGAGCACAAACUUUGGCUGUUGUACGCGAAAUAUCAACAGGAUUUCAACUUUUUCGGUUACACGAUGGAGGGCUACACCAAAUCGAUCCCUCCUGAACUUUCCAUUCACACGAACAAUUUGCAUUAGAUAGCAGCAUGACCUUCUAAACUGUAUUUAUUUUCGAAUUCUAGGAAUAAACAGGUAUUUAUAAAGACUCA